ACCACUUCUAGGCUGGUUAGGUACCAUACCUGACCUGAGAAGCAUCUGAGGUGGUCCGUUGUUGCCCGCUGUGAAUGGAGUCAUGUUUUGGUGUAUAUGCCCCAGUGUGUGCAGUGUGGGCACUCGGUGGGAUAGGCAUGGAAUUGUUUGUUUGUACCCUGGCUUUGGCGUAGGAGCGCUAAAAUAUUUUGUUCCAGGUUACUAGCGCUGGUGCGAGACCUAGGUGACCACCGAAUUCCCAGACGGUCUCCAGUUCACCAUCGCAUCCAUCACGCUCUUCCCUUUCUGAUCUCGAUUAGCUUACGCCCGACAGCAUCACAUCACACAAUCAUUGCCGGUAAAAACGACCGCAGAAGUGCCGUCCAAUUGAGACCCCAGACAGCCAAAGAGCCGCAACCGAAGCUGUCACUGCGCAACCAUGCAUUUCCUCUUCUCCUCUGGCAGACAGGCUCUCCCCAGCUCCAGGCGCCUGCUCGGCAAGACCCCAGCAGCAGCGGCAGUGACCUGCAACCAAUUUGUUUCGAGUGCCGCGUCCUUUUCGACCUCACGCACCGUUGCGGCCAAGAACCAAAUCUACCAGUCUGUUCGUAAUCUCGAUCAGUUCCAUACCUACCAGCUUCUCUCAUCCUCCUCUCGAACGCCGCUGUUGACGCUGUGGACCACCUCCUAUUGCCCAACAUGCCGGGUAGUGGAGCCCUUGUUGCGCGAGCUCGUCGAAACCGGAGUCGGUGAAGAGGAGGGCGGCGUUGGCUUUUGCACCGUCGAGUACGAUGCUCCUGAUGUUAUGGAAGCGGGACUGGGUCUUAGCUAUAUGAUCAACUCGAUCCCGACCCUGCUGAGUUUUGAUGCCCAGGAGGCGCAAACGCAAACCAAGGUCACGGAUGGUCGCCAAUUGGCCAAUCGCAAGUUCUUGGAGGAAUGGAUCCGAAACGAGGCAAGACGGCAUGGAAAUCGUGGAGGAGGCGGGUCUCCUACCAGCAUCUUCAGCGGCCUCUUUAGCAAACUGAAGGAGUAGCCCAACAGAUCACCAAUGACAAGUUUCUGCCGAGGCAGAUCACAGCGCACAUCGGCACUGCAUACUAUGAUCGUCGGUCAAUGCACACAACUUCCCCGCAAAUUAAGCUUCGCUAAAGCCGAGCGGCUCCAAAUCACUCGACGACUGCCCUACACUGCUGAAUACCAGAAUCAACUUAGCCGUAUUAGUCUCCUGGCGCAAGUAACGGUCAAUUGACAGCUCGACUCCGUCGAUCAGAUUCACAGGCCACACCCAGAAGCGGGCAUAUGUUGGAUAGGCACGAAUACCCGCUGGUGCCGUAGGAUUUGCGCUAAAGAAAACAGACAUCGAACAAAACGACCGCAGACGAAAAGAUACAGAAAAUCCACAGACUCUAUGCCUGGUAAAAAACCUCCUCAACGGGCUUCCACCACGACGGCUCACCCGACUCGCUGUUCUUUGCUCCCGGGACCAUGGACUCCUGGAAUCCAUCUGUCAUCUUCCACCAUUCGCGAACCUUUGGGUUCUCGCGCAUUUUCUCCAUAUCGCCCUCAUAGUCGUAGCCGACGUACUUGAAACUGGCAAAGAGAAUGCCGGUGUCCGGGUCGUGGAAGAUGCUGUCUGUGCACCGAGUUGGUUAGCCAUGAUCAUGGUUGUGAUAGCACAAGAAUUGCCGGCUUUGUUUCUGCACGAAAGAGGAACGGCGUACAAUCGUGAAUGUUGCACUCCUUGAUCUGCUUCGCAACCUCAGGCCACACAGCAGCAUGGACCUCACGGUACUUGUCGAUGUACUCGGCCUUCAGCUUAAUGAUUUGCGCAAAACGCCGGCCGGAAUAGCGUAUCCUUCCAUCAGCGUUAGAGGCUGAGAAGACUGAGGAAACUGUGCUUGUCGACUGGCUCCUUUCUCUAGGGGACCAGAGUCUCGGCGCUCCAGGGUUCCAGAGACCCGCUUCAGCCUCCUUGGGGGGAGUCCACAAUUGCCGGGCUGCCAUUGUAGGUGAUAUUUGCUUAAACAAGUGGUGGUGUCGUGAUUGUUGGUUAAGGUGACUCGGGAAACUGUUGUUGGAAGAAGGACCUGUUGACCACUUUCCAACAAGGCAGGAGGAUGAGGUCUGUGUCUGCGCCCUUGUGACACCCUUCCUGAUUGGUAGGUAAUCGUAG